GUGCAGCAGCCAGCAGCUCCUGGAGGCUGUAAUAACAUUACCCGCUUAGCCGCAACUUCUUCCCACCAGCCUAACCCUUUAUUGAUCUAAUAUUGCAACCGGGGGUUCUUUUUAUAGAGACCUAUUUAGGCAGGAUCAGCUCCCUCUCGUGAUAAAUUGGAAGGAAGGGAGGCGGAGGUAGUUUCGGCUGCUCCUCUGGGCUGAUCACGUCUCCUUAGCAUACAGAUCACUGAGCCCCUUACACAAAAAAAUAGCAAGCAGAACAGCAUUUUCCCAUUUUUUUGGUAAAGAUUUUCUUUUCUGAGUGAAAGCACAGUGCACAAGCCUCGGUGCACAGGCUUGCGCGCCUGUGUGGGUCUGUUUCUUGCUUUGUUGUAGACUACACAAAACACCCUGGUUUUUUUAGGGAGGGGGUUGUUCCCGGUGCAGAGCUGGCCGGGUUGCGAAAGGGGGGAACUUAGCCCCUGUUUUAGACCGGCCGGUUGUAACAGAAGAUCAGCUGCAGGGUGUGUGUUUUUGUCUUGUUUUUGGUGUCGUCGUCUCUCCCCCCCCCCCCCUCCCGCGGCACCGCUGCUGCCGCCGAUCUGGUGUUUCCGUGUUGCAGAAAGGACUGGGAAGGGAGGACUCCAGGCAGGCUGCAGCUUGCUGCGUUAGGCGUUAUUUGCAUGCACAAAUCGCUGUGCACGGAGUCCGAUCUCCUGCAAUCUAGGCUGGAGGUUUGCAACCAUCUGGGUCUGGAGUGCCGAGGAACAGCGUGGGGGGAGGCCAGGUCGGCAUGCGUUUGAGCGCCCGGAGCUGCGUGUGGCUGAAAUCUGUGGGAGGUCGGCGGUGCUGGCUGCAGAGGGCUCCUCCGGCGAGUCCCGUCCCGUCUUGCCCAGGUGGGGCUCGGCCCCGACCCAUCGUGGACAUGUCCUACUCCCGCCACUUUCUGGAUUUCCAGGGCUCGUCCAUUCCCACCUGCAUGAAGAAGCUGGUGGUGACUCAACUGAGCACAAACUUCCGAGAAGCUGUUGCCUUGCGCCAUGAUGUGCCUGUUCCACUCCCCGGAGACGGCGAGUUGCUUGUCAGAAACAGAUUUGUUGGCAUUAACGCGUCUGAUAUUAACUACUCAGCUGGCCGAUACGACACCACAGUUAAGCCCCCUUUUGAUAUAGGUUUUGAAGGAAUUGGAGAAGUGGUGGCUUUGGGUUUGACGGCAAGUGCUAGAUACACAGUGGGCCAAGCAGUAGCCUAUGUCAGGCCAGGGGCUUUUGCUGAAUACACUAUUGUGCCUUCUAAAGAAGCUAUUCCAGUGCCUUCGGUGAAACCUGAGUUUCUUACACUACUGGUAAGUGGAACUACUGCAUUUAUCAGUCUGAAGGAGCUUGGAGAAUUGUGUGAAGGCAAGACUGUUUUGGUGACAGCAGCAGCCGGAGGGACUGGCCAGUUUGCUGUGCAGCUUUCAAAGAAGGCCAAAUGCCAUGUAAUAGGAACAUGCUCCAGUGAUGAGAAAUCUGGGUUUCUGAAAUCCAUUGGCUGUGACCGCCCCAUCAACUAUAAAACCGAAAACGUUGCUGAUGUCCUGAAGAAGGACUACCCACAAGGUGUGGAUGUAGUAUAUGAAUCUGUUGGUGGAAAGAUGUUUGAUUUGGCUGUCAACUGCUUGGCUGUCAAAGGGCGCCUGAUAGUUAUUGGGUUUAUCUCUGGCUACCAAACACGGACUGGCCUUCAGCCAGGAUAUGUGGAAAUGUUGCCAGCAAAAUUGCUAAGAAAAUCCGCCAGCAUCCACGGUUUCUUCUUAAACCAUUACUUUUCUGAAUACCAAAUGGCUAUGAAACACUUGCUUGAAAUGUGUGAAAACAGAGAACUGGUUUGUGAGGUGGACUUUGGAGACAUGUCUCCAGAGGGCAAGUUCACUGGUUUAGAGUCAGUAUUCCAUGCUAUAGAUUAUAUGUACAUGGGAAAAAACACUGGAAAAAUUGUAGUUGAAUUACCUCAUUCUGUCAACAGUAAGCUGUAAAAACAGAACAAUGAUAUAAAUCAAGAGAGAGAAUGGUCACUUUAUGCUUCACAAUAAGUAAAACAGUUAAUUUUUUUAAUGUUAGAAAAAGGCAACAUAUAUUAAAAAGGAUCAUUUAGGUGUUAGUAAAAUUUUGACUAGUUUCAGAUAUAGCUUUUGUAUUAUAUAAAAAUGCAACUUGUCAUUGGGAUUGCAUUAAACAGCUCUACAUUUUGUGUCUGGAAAUUCAGCCUUCCCUGAGUCUUAUUAUUUUGGCUAACUAUAAAAAUUGAUCUUGUAAUUUUCUUUGGGUUUUAUAACAAUUUGGAAUGGAAACAUUUUCCAUCUAUUACUACUCAGAUGAAAGUACAUUAUAUGAAACAAAUUCUUAGAUUCUUCAUACCACAUGAUGAAUAAGAUCCAGCAGGAAGUCCUCGAAAUGGUGGGAACUGUGUUUUGCAGUAGUAUUUCCAUAGGAGAACAUUCCAGCUGAUUGUGCCCAAUAUUUUUAAAAAGUGAAAUAUUAUGAUCUCUUAAGUCCUGGGGAUUCCAAAUAAGUGGCUCUAUUUUCUGUGCUAAGCAAGACAAAUUUCGAAUUCAGCUAGGAAAAUAUGUCUCGCUGGUUGAAAAAGAAAAAAAAUCAGCUAAAGUUUGCUGCCAAGUUCAAGCCUUAAUUUCUGUUUUGACCUAUACUGCCUGUAAUGCCACUUUUCCAGUAUUAUUUUUGCUAUAUUACCCCAUUAAAUGGAUCACCUUUGCUAUAAUGUUAAGUUCUGCUUAUUCUGUUUAUCCUCGUUAUAUUAAGGUCAUCUAGGAACAAAAGAACUAAUAAAGUUCCCCAAAGGUUUU